ACUUCUUAUUGCUGAAAAACCAUGAGCUCCCAAAUUCAUCAGAAUUAUUCCACUGAGGUGGAGGCUGAAGUCAACCACCUGGCCAACCUGCAUCUGUGGGCCCCCUACACCUACCUCCCUCUGGGCUUCUAUUUCAACCUUGGUGAUGUGGCUCUCGAGGGCAUGGGCCACUUCUUCUCCGAGUUGUCUGAGAAGAAGUGUGAGUGCACUGAGCAUCUCUUAAAGUUGCAAAACAAGCGCUGUGACCACAGUCUCUUCCAGGACUUGCUGAAGCCUUCCCAAGAUGAGUGGGGCAAAACUCAGGAUGCAAUGGAAGCCACCCUGGCCUUGGAGAAGAACCUGAACCAGGCCCUUUUGGAGUUGCCUGCCCUGGGUUCUACCCACUCAGACCUUCAGCUCUGUGACUUUCUGCAGAACCACUUCCUGGAUGAGGAGGUGAAACUGAUCAAGAAGAUGGGCAACAUCUGA